AGUCUUUCCGGCGGGAGCCCGGCGCGGCUGCUGAGCGCGUCCAGGAUGGGCUGGCUGAAGAGGCUCCUCCGGGCCAGGAACCUGCUGCUGGUCAUCUUCGUGCCGCUGCUGCUGCUGCCCCUGCCCAUGCUCCACCCCAGCAGCGAGGCCGCCUGUGCCUACGUGCUGAUCGUGACGGCUGUGUACUGGGUCUCGGAGGCCGUGCCCCUUGGAGCUGCAGCCCUGGUGCCCGCCUUCCUCUACCCAUUCUUCGGAGUGCUCCGGUCCAAUGAGGUGGCGGCCGAGUACUUCAAGAAUACAACGCUGCUGCUGGUGGGCGUCAUCUGCGUGGCGGCAGCCGUGGAGAAAUGGAACCUGCAUAAGCGCAUUGCCCUGCGCAUGGUCAUAAUGGCCGGAGCCAAACCGGGCAUGCUGCUCCUCUGCUUCAUGUGCUGUACCACGCUGCUGUCCAUGUGGCUGUCCAACACGUCCACCACCGCCAUGGUCAUGCCCAUUGUGGAGGCCGUGCUACAGGAGCUGGUUGGGGCCGACGAGGACCAGCUCGGGGCGGAGGACUCCAGCGCUGAAGAGGCCGAACCCAUCAGUCUCACAGUGAACACCAGCCAGCCCUCUCUGGAGCUGAUCUUUGUCAACGAAAACACAUCCACUGCAGACCUCACGUCACUGGUGCAGAACAAGAACCUGAACGGAGUGUCCACUGUCACCAGCCCAGUCAGGACCACCAGUCUCCAAGGCAGGAAGCCUUUCCUCUGGCAGGCAAAACCAGGCACGCUGACCUCCAGCGCCAGGCCCCAGGAAGGCCACAGGAAGUACAAGUCCCAGCAUGACCAGAUGAUCUGCAAGUGCCUGUCUCUGAGCAUCUCUUACGCUGCCACCAUUGGGGGCCUCACCACCAUCAUCGGCACCUCCACCAGCCUCAUCUUCUUGGAACACUUCAACAACCAGUACCCAGCCGCCGAGGUGGUCAAUUUUGGCACGUGGUUCCUCUUCAGUUUCCCCAUCUCCCUCAUCAUGCUGGUGGUCAGCUGGUUCUGGAUGCACUGGCUUUUCCUGGGCUGCAAUUUUAGGGAGACCUGUUCCCUGAGCAAAAAGAAGAAGACCAAGAGGGAAGAGGUGUCCGAGAAGAGGAUCCAAGAGGAAUACGAGAAGCUGGGGGAUGUCAGCUACCCUGAGAUGGUGACCGGAUUCUUCUUCGUGUUGAUGACCGUGCUGUGGUUCACCCGGGAGCCUGGCUUCGUCCCCGGCUGGGACUCGCUCUUCGAAAAGAAAGGCUACCGCACGGACGCUACAGUCUCCAUCUUCCUUGGCUUCCUCCUCUUUCUCAUCCCCGCCAAGAAGCCCUGCUUUGGGAAAAAGAACGAAGGGGAGAGCCCAGAGUCCUCGCUGGGGAUGGAGCCCAUCAUCACGUGGAAGGACUUCCAGAGGACCAUGCCCUGGGAGAUCGUCAUCCUGGUCGGGGGAGGCUACGCGCUGGCUUCCGGCAGCAAGAGCUCGGGCCUGUCCACCUGGAUCGGCCACCAGAUGUUGUCCCUGAGCAGUCUCCCGCCCUGGGCCGUCACCCUGCUCGCCUGCAUCCUGGUGUCCAUCGUCACGGAGUUUGUGAGCAACCCGGCCACCAUCACCAUCUUCCUGCCCAUCCUGUGCAGCCUGUCGGAAACUCUGCACAUCAACCCUCUCUAUACCCUCAUCCCCGUCACCAUGUGCAUCUCCUUCGCGGUGAUGCUGCCCGUGGGUAACCCUCCCAACGCCAUCGUCUUCAGCUAUGGGCACUGCCAGAUCAAAGACAUGGUGAAAGCUGGCCUGGGUGUCAACGUCAUCGGCCUGGUGAUCGUGACGGUGGCCAUCAACACAUGGGGAGUGAGCCUCUUCCACCUGGACACCUUCCCAGCCUGGGCAAAGGUCAGCAACCUCACUGACCAGGCCUGACGCUAAGGGCGAAGUUGCCAGCCUACAGCCGCCACCCUCCCCCCCA